AUGUCUCCUCGUCGGCGUAUCGUGUCGUUUGAAGAAGUGUGUUAUGCCGCCAAGAGACCCAGAACAACAGGAGUUCGUGACGCCCCUAGUAUAGUCGAGCAAUGGAUUCGAAGUGGCACGUCCACCCGAAUAAGCCCCUGCGCAGCUACCUUGCCAUCGUUCCGCGAUCUAAGAAGAAGUGGUGGGUUGGGGGCUCAGAGUUUGUCAGAAGAGUUAACCCAAGAGAGGACCCUCAUCCUAAGCGAGGCUCGGGCGGGGGACAGUGAUGUAGUGAUCGGAACGUUUUUGGUGCAUGCCGUUCCAGCAGUAAUCUUGUUCGAUUCCGGGGCGUCCAACUCGUCUAUAUCCCCGGAACUCGUGAAGAAGUUGGGCCUAACCAAAGGUGUCGGGGUGAAGCUUAACGUCAAAGUGGCAUCAGGAGAAGUUAAGGCUUGUGAUCGUCUCUUCAAAGACGUUAGGAUAGCCAUCAGCAGAGAAGAUUUUUCCAGUAAUCUAAUACAGUUCGGCCUGGACGGGAUAAAUGUGGUCCUGGGUAUGGACUGGCUAGGACGGUUCAGAGCCCAGAUCUUGUGUGGUGAACAGAAAGUGGUUUUGAGAGGACCAAGUGGAAAGAGGGUGUCGUACCGAGGGUCAACAGAAGAACCAGGGAUCAAGUUAGUGUCCAUGAUGAAGAUGAAAAAGUACGUGGAGAAGGGCCACGAGAUCUUCUUGUGCUCAGUUGAAAACCUGGAGGGCAAAAGAGAUGUAGCUCAGACCAUACCUGAUGUAUGUGAAUUCCUCGGUAUCUUCCUCGAGGAGAUUCCGGGAAUGCCUCCUCUAAGAGAAGUUGAAUUCUCAUUGGAUCUUAUACCCGGUACAACGCUUAUAUCCAAAGCUCCCUAUUGUUUAGCGCCCAAGGAGAUGCAGGAGUUGAAGACUUAG